GGAUUAUAGUCACAGAAUUUUGUGACUAAAAGGAGACACAAAUUGUUAUUUUUAAUAUAUUAUAAAUUCUAUACUACUAAUUUUUAUAUUCUUUAAUCUAAAUAGCUUUUCAGAAAGAGAUCAUUGAUUUUUUUGUGUGCCGAUCAAACCCGAUAAGGGUGACAGUUGCAGGUCGGCACCACAGGACAUCACUUUCAAAACAAAUAACCAUGGCUGCGGGAACGGAGGCAGAAGCGGUGGAGGAUGAAGAACAGAGAGUUUUGAGACUUGAAUUCAAUUGGCUUUUAGCAGAAGAAAUCCCAUCUGUUUUUGACCAAUUAAAAACUAUCAUUCAGACAAGUAUUACAAAAUUUAAAUCAGGUGCAGGUAUUCCUGGAGCAGCUCAUAUUGCAAAAGGGAACAACUUCCUGCUUUCACUACCUAACUCUGAUGCUGUGAAAGGAUUGAUCAAUAUAUCAGGAGAUAGCGUCAUUAAAGCUGAGUUGCGUUUUAAAUUUCCAAAAUUAUCCAGUUCAGGUAUUGGGAGCUUCAUAUUCGAGCAAUGUCCCUGGAAGUUGCCACAAUUACAAGAUGCAAGCAACCACUUGGAAAUGGCGUUGGAUGAAAUUAAAGAGCAGGAGUACUGUGGGAAUUCUACUUGUGGCAAGCAAGUAAUGGAGUUGAUAAAUAAAAUCAUGUCAUCAUUGGGACGCGCAAAAGCAUGUCUGAUUGUACCAGAAAAGAAACCACUUUCUGAAUUGAUGUGUAUCAAUGCACAGAAAGUGUUGAAUCCGCCUGUCCCAGAGGAGUUGUUGAUUUCGUUUCAUGUCAACUGCGACAAACUUGUUCUUUCUGUGUAUGUGUUGAACAUACUAACUGCUCCAGCCAGCCAGAAAAGUAUUCAGCUGGACCAUGCAUCAGUUGGAUAUGCCUUCGAAAGCAGCGGUAAAUGGUUUGAAGUAAUCAAUAAAGUCGAGAUCAUCUGCACCGUGCCAUGGUUAAAAGAUUUGAUUGUGUGGAUAAACACAGCGCAACAGAUAUGUCAACAACUUAAUGAUAAAAUAAAUAUUUUUCAAACCAUGCUUCCUAAUCUUCGAGCAAAGUAUUUAUGAUGACUCAAGAAAUUAAAAAAGAUUCGAGUGUUGAACGAGUUUGCGUGUUGAUAUGCUUUUCGAUGAUGUAGCUGCUCCAGGCUUACCAAGACAAUUGUAAUCAUGGCGAUGCUGCGGUCUCACCGAUGUCGCAUAGCGUAUUUCGCAUAUGUCGCAUAACGUAUGUCGCAUACAGUGCAUAGGCAAACACUGUGCCAAAUAGAAUAUAUAAUUUAAUGCUGAAUUUUAAUUUUUUUUAAAGAAAAGAAAUAAAAAACAA